CCGGCGUCAAUAUUUUUGUCAUGUGAUUCAAAUUAAAGACAGCACCCGCAGUCUGUGGCGAGCAACUACCACUCUUCUUAUGUUGUGAAUAUUUAUUUAUUAGGGGUCUUCGUCAUGUCGGGUACAUAACGGUACCGUUCGAGAUUUUUUAGUAGGUUUCCAGGCCGGGUGAAGUUUAUUGUUGGAUAAGACCUGGCGUAACGAUGGCGGAAGUGAUUGAAGCGAGCAGACAACCCAGUGAGGAAUUUACAGAUGAAUCAGAGGAGGAGGACAGCGAGGAGGAGCCCAAGUUGAAAUAUGAACGCCUCUCCAAUGGUGUGACGGAAAUCCUCCAGAGCGACGCAGCCAGCUGUAUGACCGUCCACGACAAGUUUCUUGCUUUGGGGACGCAUUUUGGAAAGGUUUUCCUGCUGGACAUCCAGGGAAAUGUCACCCAGAAGUUUGAAAUUAGCUCGGUGAAGAUCAACCAGAUCAGCCUGGACGAGAGCGGCGAGCACGUGGGCAUCUGCUCCGAGGAUGGCAAGGUGCAAGUGUUUGGCCUCUACACAAGAGAAGGCUUCCACGAGAACUUUGAUUGUCCCAUAAAAGUGGUGGCAUUACACCCCCACUUCUCCAGAUCCAACUACAAGCAGUUUGUCACCGGCGGCAACAAGCUUCUCUUGUACGAGCGCAACUGGAUGAACCGCUGGAAGACGUCCCUCCUGCACGAAGGCGAGGGGACAAUUACCAACGUCCAGUGGAGAACCAACCUCAUCGCUUGGGCCAACAACGUGGGCGUCAAAAUCUACGACAUCAGUGCAAAGCAACGUAUCACCAACGUGCUGCGCGACGAUGUCAGCCUGAGGCCUGACAUGUACCCGUGCAGUCUGUGUUGGAAGGACAACACCACCCUUAUCGUGGGCUGGGGCACCUCCAUCAAGAUUUGUGUCGUAAAGGAACGACGUCCCACGGAAAUGAGGGACCUGCCCAGUCGUUACGUGGAAAUAGUUUCCGCCUUCGAGACGGAAUUCUUCAUCAGCGGGCUGGCCCCCCUGGCUGAUCAGCUGGUCACCUUGUUCUUUGUGAAGGAGAACCCUGAGCACAUGGAUGUGGAGUUCCUUGCGCGGCCUCGUCUCGACAUCAUCCAGCCUCUGCCAGAGUCGUGCGAGGAGAUCUCGUCGGACGCCCUGACCGUGCGCAACUACCAGGAGAACGAGUGUCGCGACUACCGUCUCGAGCAUUCGGAGGGCGAGUCGCUGUUCUACAUUGUCAGCCCCAAAGACGUGGUGGUGGCCAAGGAGCGCGACCAGGACGACCACAUCGACUGGCUGCUGGACAAGAAGAAGUACGAGGAGGCGCUGAUGGCCGCCGAGAUCAGCUUCAAAAACAUCAAGAGACACGACGUGCAAAAGAUCGGCAUGGCCUAUAUCAACCACCUGGUGGAGAAGGGCGACUACGACGGCGCCGCCAGGAAGUGCCAAAAGAUUCUCGGGAAAAACAUGGAACUGUGGGAAAAUGAGGUGUACAGAUUCAAGACCAUCGGACAACUGAAGGCCAUCAGUCAGUAUUUACCCAGAGGCGACCUGCGUCUUCGGCCGGCCAUCUACGAAAUGAUCUUGCAUGAAUUCCUCCAAACGGACUACGAGGGUUUCGCUACGUUGAUCCGGGAGUGGCCGGGAGAGCUUUACAACAACUUGGCCAUUGUGCAGGCUGUCACCGACCACUUGAGCAAGCACCCUAUGAACGCGACCCUGCUCACCACACUGGCCGAGCUCUACACGUACGACCAGCGUUAUGACCGCGCGCUGGAGAUCUACUUGCGUCUCCGCCACAAAGACGUUUACCAGCUCAUCCACAAGCACAACCUCUUCUCCUCCAUCGAGGACAAGAUCGUGCUCCUCAUGGAUUUUGACACAGAGAAAGCUGUGGACAUGCUUCUGGACAAUGAAGACAAAAUAUCAAUGGACAGAGUGGUGCAGGAAUUAGCAGACAGGCCUGAGCUUCUUCAUGUGUACCUUCACAAACUGUUCAAGCGGGACCACCACAAAGGCCAAAAGUAUCACGAGAAGCAGAUCGGCUUGUAUGCCGAAUUUGACCGGCCCAAUCUGCUGCCCUUCCUGAGAGACAGCACACACUGCCCGCUGGAGAAGGCUCUGGAGGUUUGCCAGCAGAGACACUUUGUGGAGGAGACCGUCUUUCUGCUAAGCCGAAUGGGAAACUGCAGACGGGCCCUGCAGAUGAUCAUGAUGGAGCUGGGGAAUGUGGACAAGGCCAUCGAGUUUGCCAAGGAGCAGGAUGACGCAGAGCUGUGGGAGGAUCUCAUCACCUACUCCAUCGACAAGCCACCGUUCAUCACAGGCCUGCUGAACAACAUCGGCACGCACGUGGACCCCAUUUUGUUGAUCCAUCGUAUCAAGGAGGGCAUGGAGAUCCCUGACCUUAGGGAUUCCCUCGUCAAGAUUCUCCAUGACUACAACUUGCAGAUUAUGCUACGCGAGGGAUGUAAGAAGAUUCUGGUGGCCGACUCGCUGUCGCUGCUUCAGAAGAUGCAUCGCACGCAAAGCAGAGGCAUCGUGGUGGACGAGGAGAACAUUUGUGAAUCGUGCCAUGUGACGAUUUUACCCUCAGACAUGGCCAAAGCUUUCAGCGUGGUGGUGUUCCACUGCAGACACAUGUUUCAUAAGGAAUGUUUACCCUCCAUGGGAACGACUCCUGGAGUGCAGUUUUGCAACAUCUGCAGCGCAAAGAGGCGUGGGCCAGGAAGCGGCAUCCUGGAGAUGAAAAAAUGACAUAAACAACAGCGAUGUAAAACUUGCUGCUGAUAUGAUUUGCCAGACCUUAAAUAAUCAAAUAAAA